AUGACGACAACAACAGAAACAUAUCUAUCAACACAAACAUCAUUUACAAAUGAAACAAAUAAUAAUACUACUACUACUACAAAUAAUGAAGAUCAAUCAUCAACAAUUGCUGCUAAUGUGACAAUUGAUGAACUUGUUCAAUCAUGUUGUAGUGAAGUAUUACCAUCAUCUAGUCAAAUGAAUAGUAGUAGUAGUGCUUCACCAACACAUCUCGUACGAUUUGUUCAUUCACAAUCGUCACUUGUUAGUCAGAUAGAUGAACAACAACGUCCAUCUGAACAAGGUACUAUUAAUUCUUCGUCUAGUCAUGAUACACCUAUUAAACAACAACAACAACAACCAGCACCACCACCACCACCGUUAAUUAAUGUUACACAUUUACCAUCACCAUUUAAACCAAAAACAAUUAUUGAAUCAACAAAUUCAAUGCAAAAUACAACUAAUUUAAGUAAUAUAACAGCAAAUAAUAUUAGUGUGAAUAAUUAUAAUGUUAAUAUUCAUACAACAAAUGUUCAACAACAACAAACAAAUAUAUUAAAUAAUGAACAUAUUACAAAAAAAUGUCAAUUUGAUGAAAAACAAACAACUGAAAUUGUUUCACAAAUAUUAAAAAAUAUAAAAGAAGUUGAUGAACAUCAAACAACAAAUACAACAUCAACAACAACAACAAAUUAUAAUAUACAUAUUGAUUCAUUUAAUUUUUCAUCAACAAAUGAUCAACAACAUUCAACAAUAAUUAAAAAAUCACGUAUUAAAAAAGAAGCUAAAGCAUUAACAAGAAUUAUUGUUAAAGAUGAAACACUUUCACCAAAUUUUACACGUAAUAAAAAAGGAGGAACAAGACAUUUAUCAAAUACACAAUUAACAACAAUAAAUAAUUCACAACCAAUGGAAUAUAUACCUGUACCUUAUGGAUGGCAAAGAAGAAUAUUAGCACCAGAUCUUGUUGUUUAUCUUAGUCCAACUCAUGUCAUACUCGAUUCAUUAGAUGCUAUACGUCAAUAUCUUGAAACACCAUCAUCAUGUAAAUGUGGUCUUCAAUGUCCACUUAUUGUUGAUAAGGUUUUCAACUUUGAUUCAACAAUAAAAUCAAAAUCUUGGGAAGUCACACAAGUACUUGAAGGUACUCAUUGUCGACAAAAAUCGAAUAUCUUAGAAAUGGCAACAUUAACAAAUUGUAUUGAUUCAUUUUGUGAAACAGAACAAAAACCUGCUAAACGUCGAAAACGAACACAUACUGAAACAACAAAUGGAAAUGUAUUUGUUUGUGCAUCAAAUUCAUCGAAUAUUUUACAAACAAAUAAUGAAUCAAGUGUUUUUGUUAAUAGUACCAGUCAAAUAUCAGAAAGUGGCCAAUCGAUGACAUGGACUCCAUUACAACAAACUGGUGUUACUCCACCGUCGAAACGGCCACGUGGUCGUCCUCGUAAAACAGCUAUUACUCCACCAGUUAUUGCUCAAUUAGCUGUUAAACCAUCAUCACAUGAUUCUCAUCAACCUGUACCAUCAUCAAUAUUAUCUCCACCUGCAUCUGUUUCAUCAAUAUCACAAACAAAUCUUGUUCAUAGAAAUUCAACAUCACCUUCAACACAUCAUCAAAAUAAUAAUCUUCGUUAUAUAAAUGAUAAUGUAUUAACUCCAUCAUCAACAACAGAUACAAAUGUUAUUGCUCGUGUACCAUCUCUAUUUGAACAAGUUAAAACAACAACAAAUGAAUCAACAUUUGCUGUUUUAUCUGGUGUACAAAAUGUUCUUCUUUCACCAAAUAGAGAUACAAAUACUAAUAAUAAUAAUAAUAAUAAUAAUAAUAAUAAACGAGUACGUGUUGAAUCAUCAUCAUCAUCAUCAUCAAUUGUAUCAACAACUGGUAAACCUGUUACAUUAAAUGUAAAUGCACUUAAACCAGAUUUUGUUCGAUCACCAGCUGCUGCACAAAAACCAUGUACGACAACAUCAAAUCAAAUUGAUGUUAUAUCAUUAAUGGGUACAAAUAAUCAAACACAAUUAAUGGUUACAAAAACAACACCAAAACCAAUUGCACCAAUACCAUCAACAACAAUUAAUUCUGAUGAAUAUACAACAUUAAUAAAAUCUACAAAUGAACAAACAAAUGAUUCAACACAACCAUUAAUGAUUGAUUUUAAUGAUCCAUCAACAACUAAUUUUCUUUUAUCAGCACUUGCAUCAGGUGCAGCAUCAGAUUCAAAUGCUAUUGUUAAUCAUCUUUUUCAAAAAGCACAAACACAACGUAGUAAUAAUACAUCAUUAUCAUCAUCAUCAUCAUCACCACCACCACCACCACCACCACCACCACUAUCAUCGUCAUCAACAGCAACAAUUAAAAAAAAACUUCCUAUUAUUUCAUCGGGAUUAAAAAAUUGUACAGAAACAACAAAUUUAUUACCGAUAACAAAUUCUACAACACGUCAACCUGUUGUACUUCAUGUACCAACAACAACAAUUACAAAUGAUUAUAAUCAACAAUCACAACAAAUUAUUUUCAGUAGUAGUAAUAAUAAUAAUAAUAAUAUUAUUAAUAAUAAUAAUGGUGAAAGAAAACAAGCUCAACAAAUAUUUUUUAUUAAUAAUAAACCAUAUGUUAUUCAACAAAAACUUACACAUGAUCAAUCAUCACAACAAAGAUUGGUUCUAACACCAUCAAUAACUCAAUCAGAUGAACUUACCGUUCAUAAUACAUCUCAUUCAAAUCGAAAUAUUGCCCCUGCUCAAAAUAAUAGUACUAAUUCAAGUGGUCAAUCAACAUUAGAUGAUGGUGGUAAUUGUCUAGUAGUAAAUGGUGUUGUUGAACCACGAACAUUGAGUACAUUAUUAAAAGGUCUUAAUCCAUCAUCAUUUUCUGGUGUUGAUAAUCUUAUUGAUACUAUACAUCGUUUUGAACAUACAACAUCAACAGAACAAAAUGAUAAGUUAUUACUUAAAUCUGCUCGAACAACAGUCAAAGCAAGUCCAGCAAAGAAAACAAAUUCAGAUAAACCACCAACCAGACGUCGAGCACCAAAAAAAGUUAAACAAGAAGAACAACAAGUACAAGUAACUAUGCCACCGCCACCACCGCCUCCUCUUCCUCCUCCACCACCACCACCAAUUGUUGCUGAUCAACAACAAUGGCAAACAGAUUUUAAUUCUUUGGAUUUUUCAACAGCAUGGGGUAGUGAUACAAAUUUAAAUUCUCUUUUAUUAAAUGAUGAUUUUGAUACGGCUGCUUCAUUUGAUGAUGUUAGUUUUGGAGAUUUUGAACCAUAUAUGAAUGGUAACAAUAAUAAUAAUAAUAAUAAUAAUCUUAAUCAAACCGAUACAAUAUUGCCAUCAUUAUUUGGUAAACCAUUACCGCCAGACACAUUACCAGGUGUUGAUCAUCUUUUACCUUGA